GCGCCGUACAGUCAAUUUGGUCUCUUUUCGACUUUGUGUACUUGUUGUAAUUGGUUUUAAACUUCCGCAGUAGCGAAAAGCCGCACAUCCUUUGAAAUUACACCGUAAAAAACUAAUAACUGUUUUCGAAAAACUCAAACAAAAUGAAGCGUUUUUGUGCGGUUUUACUUGUUUUGAUUGCUGCUGGCUUGGCCACGGCACGUCCAGAACCACCACGUGACAGCUACAGCGCCCCACCACCCAGCAGUUAUCAACCAUCGGCGCCCAGCGGCGGCUAUGGGCCACCACCGGUAUAUGGACCACCACAACAACCACCUGUGGUACAUAAGCAUGUCUACGUACAUGUGCCACCACCAGAGCCAGAAUAUCAGGCACCAAGAAAACCCAUUGUCUUCCCACCACCACAGAAGCAUUACAAAAUCGUUUUCAUUAAGGCGCCAUCACCACCAGCACCAACCGCACCAGUGAUUCCAGUUAUACCACAAAACGAAGAGAAGACACUGGUCUAUGUGUUGGUCAAGAAACCCGAAGAACAACCCGAAAUCGUCAUUCCCACACCGGCACCUACACAGCCCAGCAAACCCGAAGUUUACUUCAUUCGCUACAAGACACAAAAGGAAGAGACCGGUCCAUACCCGAACAGCAUUGCGCCACCACCAUCGGGCGAUUAUGGUGCACCAGCAGCGCCAUCGGCACCCUCAGCGCCCAGCUCAUCAUAUGGUGCACCAUCGCACUAAAUUUUGUGAGCGCAGCAAAGGAAAAAAGGAAAAAAUGAUGGUUAGGAAAGAAAAGAUCCAAAGCAUAAUUUGCUCUUACUAGAAAAGAAGCAAUGAUGAAGCAGCGAGGAGGUGUAGUUAAUAAGAAAAACACUUUUUAGAGGGGAAAAGAUAAAGUUUAAACGGAUGUCAGGAGAAACGUAUGUUCGAGGAAUGUAAAAUGUUGCAGAUUAUCCAUUGAGUAGCGUGUGGCAGUGUUGUUGUAUGUGUAGAAGAAACGAAGAAUCCAUGAAAACCCGUUUUCACAUAAUUUGUAGUCUACUUUUGCGCGCCUAAACUACCAUAAAGUUAAGUUUGUUGUUUUUUAUGUGGAGAUUUGCUCUAUUAUUUUACUUGUACUUUGACUAACAUACGCUACGAUUUUAAUAUUUACUCGUUUUUAUUAUUAACUAUUACAAUAAUUUCUAACUAAGCAAAUGAAAAGCGAAAAAAACUUUUUUUUUAACGUGUGACAACCAAUAACGCCUCGAAGGUCCAGUUUUUCUGGUCCGUAAUCAAUCCUUUUGUUUUUAUUUACGAAUAUAAACGAUUUUUAAGUUUUUUGCGAAAAUAUUUGUGAAAGCACAAAAGCUCUAACGAAAGCUCAAAAGCACUUUUGGAAUUUGCCAGCAAAUAUUUGUAAAAUAGUUAUUUUUGUUGUUUUCCAUAAGCGUCGCGUUGAUAAUGAGCGUGCUUGCGCUCUUUACAAGCUGCCCUACUCCUCCGUCUCUCUCUCUCUCUCACUCUCUCUCUCUCUCUCUUUAGCGGCUCCUUGCUUGUGCGCUCAUUUGUCAACGCUAUCGACUGUUUGUUUCAUAAAUUAUUUUUGUUUUACUAUUUAGUUUGUACGGAUGCGUUAUUCAUAAACAAAAAAAAUAUUACAAAAAAUAUAUUUUUAUUCUCUUUGUUCUCUUAGUUUUUAAUAUGUACAC